GAGCCGCGAAGCUUCAAGGACCUGGGAGUGACAGAUGUCCUGUGUGAAGCUUGUGACCAGUUAGGAUGGAAGAUGCCAACAAAGAUCCAAGUUGAGGCUAUUCCAGUAGCUCUCCAAGGCAGAGAUAUCAUUGGACUGGCAGAAACUGGCUCUGGAAAAACAGGAGCCUUUGCUUUACCAAUUCUUCAAGCACUACUGGAAACACCUCAGCGAUUAUUUGCUCUUGUCCUCACACCGACAAGGGAGCUGGCCUUCCAAAUCUCAGAGCAGUUUGAAGCUCUUGGAUCCUCCAUCGGUGUCCACAGUACGGUUAUUGUGGGUGGAAUUGACACGAUGUCUCAAGCUCUGGCCUUAGCCAAGAAACCACAUGUUAUAAUUGCGACCCCUGGCCGUCUAGUUGAUCAUCUGGAGAACACAAAGGGCUUCAACUUACGAGCUCUGAAGUUCCUAGUGAUGGAUGAGGCUGACCGGAUCCUUAACAUGGAUUUUGAGACAGAGGUAGAUAAGAUAUUAAAAGUGAUUCCUCGAGACAGGAAGACAUUCCUGUUUUCUGCUACCAUGACCAAGAAGGUUCAAAAACUCCAGCGUGCUGCUCUGAAGAAUCCUGUUAAAUGUGCUGUUUCUUCCAAGUAUCAGACAGUUGAAACUCUACAGCAGUACUACAUUUUCAUCCCAUCCAAAUUCAAGGACAGCUACUUGGUUUAUAUCUUGAAUGAACUAGCUGGAAACUCUUUCAUGAUAUUCUGUAGUACGUGUAACAAUACUCAGAGGACUGCUCUACUGCUCCGCAACCUGGGGUUCACUGCCAUUCCUCUCCAUGGGCAGAUGAGUCAGAAUAAACGCUUGGGCUCUCUAAACAAGUUCAAGGCAAAGGCACGUUCUAUUCUGCUGGCUACUGAUGUUGCAAGCAGAGGUCUGGACAUCCCACAUGUAGAUGUGGUAAUAAACUUUGAUAUUCCUACGCACUCUAAGGAUUAUAUUCAUCGUGUUGGGAGAACAGCUCGAGCUGGGAGAUCUGGCAAAUCUAUCACUUUUGUCACACAGUAUGAUGUAGAGCUGUUCCAGCGCAUUGAACACCUGAUUGGCAAGAAGCUGCCAGCAUUCCCCAUGCAAGAGGAAGAAGUUAUGAUGCUGACAGAGCGCGUGGCUGAGGCCCAGAGAUUUGCUCGAAUGGAGCUGCGGGAGCAGGGAGAGAAGAAGCGAACUCGGAAUGAUAAUGAUGAUGAUACAGAAGAAGCUAUUGGUGUCAGGAAUAAGGUGGCAGGUGGGAAAAAGAAGAAAAGGAAAACCUUCUAGCUCAGUAUUUGGACAGACUUUAUUUUAUUUUUUCUCUUUAUGGCUACAUGAACUCGGCAAAAAUGGUCUACCAAGCCUUCUCCAGUGGAUUUUUUUCAGAACUACUUAUUAUUAAAUUGGGCAGUCUACCUGGAAAACAA